AUGAGCGACGUGGAAAAUCAAGCGACUGAGAAGUCGAAGCUGAAUGAAACUCCAUCUGAUAACUCUGGAUGUUACACCAAAGAAGAGCUUUUAGAGCUCUCGGAUACUCCUGGCUGGAACAUGGCUCGUCGAGUUCUCCUGCUUCUCUUCUGGAUCUCCUGGUUCGGCAUGAUCGCCUGGUCGGUCCUCAUCGUCGUCCAGGCUCCGAAAUGCAAGCCCGAGCCCGUCCAAGCUUCUUUCACUCAAGGCGCUCUCGGGCAGCUCGAUUGCUCAAAGAACACCUCUGAUCUCGUCCAAGCCGUCAAAGAUCUCGAACACGGAAAGUUCCAAGGCAUUGUUCUCUCUCUCUGCCCUGCUGGAAGCGAGGAGAAAAUUGGUGAAGUCCUCGGCGCCGCCAACGCCAAAAAUAUUAAAAUGAUCACUUCCAUCGACGCCGCCGACUUGGACUCUUACGAUUACUCGCUCAAGAACUCCACUUCUUCUGGCGUCAUUUUGCUCAACGUCGAUUCCGCCCUCACUCUUGCUAACAUCCCGAAAGAUUUCGACGUCUUUGUUCAGUCAUCCGACGCCGGAAUCACCGUCGCCGGGGACCACUACUGGUUCAAGUCGGUCAACUCCAUCAGCUCCGCAAAAUCCUGGCUCGCCGAAACCGUCGGUGCCUACAAUCAAACCGAGCCAACUCCUGGGGUUGAGAAAUGGGCAAUCGAUUCUGACGCCGCUACGAAAGAAACGCUCUGGAUCGCAGAAGACUUUAACUCUGUCGCUCAAGUUGCUUUGACCGGUGCUCUUCCUGGUGGAUUCGUUUUCCCAGUCGAGAUGAAGGAUAAGUUUGGAGAGCUUUCUUCGAUUCGUGGUCAGCAAAUUCCUCUUCGCGCUAUUUCUGGUUCUGAGAUCACCUGGUUUGGCGACGACGCCGGCUUCUCCCGAAAAUUCGACCUCCACCCCGUUGUCGAUUCCAUUUUCAACCUUGGCGCUGGUCAACUUGAUUUGACUUCUGUCCGCGGCGCUUUUGCUGGAACUCGUGCGCGACUCUACCCAGCUGGAGAAGCUGAUGAUCAGAUUCUUGCUGCUGGCGAUGCUCGAAUUUACUCUGUUUCCGAAGAGUGA